GACAAGAGGGUUCCUUGUGGCUCCGAUACCUCCUAUAGCGUCUUCUAAGACUAAGAUGGGGCUACUAUUAUUGUUUGGUGUGGUGAUGAGUCUAAGUUUGGCUAAGCCUGGAUUCAGCGGUACAACAAGUAGUUUCAAUGUGAUGCAGUAUGGAGCUGUUGGAGAUGGUUCUACCAACGAUGCCCCUGCGUUUGUCAAGGCUUGGGAAGAUGUCUGCCAUCAGAGUAACUCGCAUAUUUCACGUCUCAUCGUUCCAGCAAAAACUUUCUUACUCAGACCUGUUAUCUUCAAGGGACCUUGCAAAUCCAAGUACAUAUACAUUCAGCUUACAGGGAACAUAGUGGCACCGAAAACAAAAGGAGAAUAUAAAGGAUCCCAAAUAAACACAUGGCUGAGUUUCAACUACGUAGAAGGUCUGAUCAUCAGUGGAAAAGGCACCAUCGAUGGUCGAGGUUCUAUCUGGUGGGAUCAGCCUUGUCUUGGAAAUCCUGUUCCUGGUACAACUUGCCGUCCACCAACGGCAUUGACACUGUACAGAUGCAAUCGGUUUGCACUGAAAGGAACAAGGCAUUUGAAUCCGGCAAGAAGUCACAUAACCCUAACAAGCUGCAAGUAUGGCAAAAUAUCAAACAUCCGCAUGACAGCUCCUGAUGAAAGCCCUAACACUGACGGCAUCGAUAUUUCUGGCUCCUCAAACAUUCGAGUUCUUGAUUCUUUCAUUGGCACAGGUGAUGACUGCAUUGCAAUUAGUGCUGGAUCUUCGCGUAUCCACAUAGCAGGUAUAACUUGCGGUCCAGGCCAUGGUAUAAGCAUCGGAUCGUUGGGAACACGUGGAGAGAUGGACAAUGUGGAGGAUGUAACUGUAAGGAAUUGUACAAUAACAGAGACUUUAACUGGUGUAAGAAUCAAGACAUGGCAGGGCGGAAUUGGAUAUGCAAGGAGGAUUAAAUUCGAGGGGAUCAGAUUUGUUCGUGCCAAUAACCCCAUUAUCAUUGAUCAGUUUUAUUGCCCUCAUAGGACUGAUUGCAAGAACGAGACGAAGGCAAUAAGAGUGAGCGAUGUAACGUACAGAGGGAUCGUGGGAACAUCACUGACGAAGGAAGCCAUAAAUCUGAGGUGCGACCAGAACAUAGGAUGCUCCAACCUCGUCUUCGACAGAGUCUCUCUCUCUUCUGCUGUUGCUGGCCAGAAAGCAAUUGCCUUUUGCCACAAUGCUCAUGGAACUGCUUCCCACACCAAACCUUCUCUUACCAACUGCUUGCUUCCUAAUUAAUUUAUCAAUAAUCAUGGCCAGUAGUUUAUAUAUAUAUAUAAACAAAUUGUACUGAGUGUGUUGUCCUGGAGAGCAUUUGCUUCUUUAAGAAGAUCGAUGUAUUGCUUUAUUUAUGACUUCAUUGCUAAAAUAAAGUCUCCGCACUUCGCCAA